AUGUCAGAACAAGAUCUAGCCGCCUUCAGAUCCAUCCAAUGGGUUCAAGAACUACUGCGCGAUGAAUCUUUCAUCAUAGCUGAGCCCCGGUUCCGGGACCAAAUAACCGAGGACAAGCUGUUCAAAACCACCCUCAUUUCGCCCACGAGACUGGCUGCAUUUUUACCGCAGUAUCGUAAAUGUCAAAAUCUGGCAGGGCCCUCAGACGUACCGCCACCCGUUGAGGAGCUUCGUUUAUUUUGGCUACUGGGGUCCGAUCUAGAUGGCAACCCGGGGAUGCUACACGGAGGAAUCGUCACGACUCUGCUAGACCAAUCGAUGGGCUUCAUUGUGAUGUUCAGAGGUCAAUAUUCCGGUAAUGCACUGAAGGAGCCUGGCCGUACACCCACUGUCACGGCAUAUCUGAAUACACAGUUCCGGCGCCCAGUGUUCACGCCUGCGGCUAUUAUGGUCCAUGUCCGGUUAGUGGAGGUGCUAGAGGAUCGGAAGUGGAGAGUGGAGGCCACGAUUUACGAUCAUGAAAACCGGCCUCUAGCUUCAGGGGAAGCUUUGUUUGUAAAGACCCGUGCGAGGAUCUAA